UCUGCAAGUAGAAUAAAAAUGCAUUCGCUCGUCCUAUCGUCGGUGGGCCGAACAGUGUCGCCCUGUACGUGCACCUCAUUCCUUAACCAACGUGUUGCCAAUAAUAUCGUUAAAACAUUGACUAAUUACAAUAAAUCAGUCAAGAAGUGUCAAUGCCCAGAGGUUACAGCAAAACAAGUUGAUUUUAAUAAUUAUUGUAAAAGAUAUUUGGCGGUUAGUCGGUUUGUGUCAUCGUCGAGAAGUUUGAGAAAUAGAAAAAUGCCGGAGACAGCAUCAUCUCAUCGUAUGAAUGGAUACGCCAAUGGUCAUACACCCCCUGAACUCCAACAGGCAGCAACAUUUUUAUUCACAUCGGAGUCCGUUGGGGAGGGACAUCCAGACAAAAUGUGCGAUCAGAUAAGUGAUGCCAUUCUGGAUGCCCACUUGGAACAGGAUCCAGAGGCUAAAGUCGCUUGUGAAACCGUUACCAAAACUGGUAUGAUCCUCCUGUGCGGUGAAAUUACCUCAAAAGCAGUGGUGGAUUAUCAAAAAAUCGUCAGAGACACAGUUAAUCACAUUGGUUACGACGAUUCCUCGAAAGGUUUUGACUACAAACUUUGCAGUGUGCUUAUGGCUAUCGAUGCACAAUCCCCAAAUAUCGCGGCUGGGGUGCAUCAGAAUCGUAGUGACGAAGAAGUCGGUGCAGGCGAUCAGGGGUUAAUGUUCGGUUAUGCAACCGAUGAAACGGAUGAGUGCAUGCCACUGACGGUUGUAUUGGCACACAAACUCAAUCAAAAAAUUGCAGAACUGAGACGAAGCGGCGAAUUAUGGUGGGCAAGACCAGACUCCAAGACACAAGUCACAUGCGAGUAUAUGAUGGACCAGGGGGCCUGCGUACCGGUUCGUGUACACACUGUUGUUGUAUCACUUCAACACAGUGAAAAAAUCACACUUGACGAAUUACGUAGAGCUGUUAUGGACAAAGUCAUCAAGGAAGUCAUACCUGCCAAGUACCUUGAUGAAAAGACCAUUUUUCAUGUCAAUCCGUGUGGGCUUUUCAUCAUUGGUGGGCCACAGAGUGACGCUGGAUUGACCGGAAGAAAGAUAAUCGUUGACACCUAUGGGGGCUGGGGUGCACAUGGUGGUGGUGCAUUCUCCGGAAAAGACUUCACCAAAGUCGACAGAUCGGCGGCUUAUGCAGCAAGAUGGGUUGCCAAGUCACUGGUAAAGGCUGGUCUCUGCAGACGCUGCCUCGUGCAGGUUUCAUAUGCCAUUGGAGUUGCUGAACCACUAUCCAUUACAGUCUUUGAUUAUGGAACAUCGAAGCUCCCACAGGAAAAACUUUUGGGUAUUGUUAACAAAAACUUCGACCUGCGCCCUGGGAAAAUAGUGAAAGAAUUGGAUCUUCGACGACCCAUCUACCAACAGACUAGUACAUACGGUCACUUUGGACGAGAUGGUUUCACCUGGGAACAGCCGAAGCAGCUCAUCCUCGAUUGAUGAGAGGAUCUCCAUUAAGUCAAAUGAAGAAAGAAAAGAAUGAACGAGGAACACUUAUCGAUCCAUCAUCUUAAAUGUUAUAUAAUUAAUUCAGGGCCCCUCCCCUACCGACGAAUAUGUUGUCAGAAAAUCAUUUUUAGGAGUAUUCCUCAACCCACCCACAAUGACACGAGACAUGCGCAUUAUUUGGUUGAGGAAACAUUCGGGUUAAUUCAGAUUAUAAUUAUGCAUCUGGUGUGAAAUUUAGUGAAUCAUUGCGAGACGAUGCUGUAGUUGAUUGUUUUUACAUUCAUCUUGGGCAAUUAUUUAAAUAAACUAUAACUAUUUUGAAUUCACUUGUGACUCCCCGAAUACAGAUUUAACUGAUUUCUGCCUUAUCAUUGAUUAUGACGAUCCCCUUGAUGUUGGAAACCGAAGCAAAGCUCAAAAAUUUGCACAGAUAAUGAGAUAUAAUCGUUUGAUUUGGUGCUUUUUUUUCUCUCCUUCAUCUCCAAUUAACUGAUAUACAAUCAAUUUUAAGUAUGAUGUAAGUUUGUGUAUAUAAAAUACCGUGAAAUUGUCUCUUGUUACUGUAGAUGAAAAAUAUGAAUGGAUACAAGGUACAAAACCAGUGAGAGCAUUGGAAUUAUUAUGUGCGAAUUUACGAUGUAAAAGAGGAAUUUUUUUUUUUCUCUUUAGUGAGAGGAAUAUUAAACCAUUGGACCUGAUUAUUGUUUUGUGUCUACGAGCAUGAAUAAAGGAAGAAUAACUCCAUUUACUCUGAAA